AUGGCUCCUCACAAGGCUGAACCCGCUCCCAAGAGUGUCCCACGCAAGCGUGCUGGCCGCGGAGCAGUCCAAAAGACCAGGGCCCCAAAGAAAACCGAGUCAUCUAUUUCCAACACCAUACCCAAGCAGAGGCUCAAUGUUUACGUCUUUGGCUCUGGCAGCAGUGCUGAGCUUGGCCUUGGCCCAAAAAAUGCAAUCGACGUCAAAAGACCACGUCUGAAUACCAACCUCGAUGCAGAAAAGGUUGGAGUCGUUGAUAUUGGCGCUGGAGGCAUGCAUGCAGCUGCUUUGACACACGAUAACCACAUCCUGACCUGGGGUGUCAAUGACAACUGUGCCCUUGGACGCGAGACUACCUGGGAUGGCGGUUUAAAAGAUAUGGCCGAGGAUGACGAAUCUGUUGCAAGCGACGAGGUUGAACUUAACCCACGAGAGGCCAUUCCUACAGCCAUUCCACGUGAAAAGUUCCCAGACGAUACCAAGUUUUGCCAAGUAGCUGCAGGUGACAGUGCUACUUUUGCUCUGACUGAGGAUGGAUUUGUUUAUGGAUGGGGCUCAUUUGUGACUACCGAGGGAGAACGUGGAUGGUGGAAUGGAGAGCUUAUCAAAAUGCAAUCGGACCCAGUCAUGAUACCCGGCCUCGAGAAAAUCGUUCAAAUCAGUGCUGGCAACAACUUCUGCCUUGCUCUUGACCACAGGGGCAGAGUAUUCUCCUGGGGCCGCCCCGAGCAAGACCAGCUAGGCCGUCAUAUCAGAGUUGAUCGACGCAAGACUGCCAGUAACAAGAACGCGUCCAUCGACAAAUUACGCAACGACAUUGGCCUUAUUCCUGGCCUCGUCGCUUUACCAAAAAGCAAGAGAAUUAUCUCCAUCCACGCAGGCAGUGAUCAUUCCUUCGCCAUCGACUCCAACGGAGAUACCUGGACUUGGGGCCUGAAUAACUUUGGACAAACUGCCGUUAACGUGGGAGCUGGAAAGGGUGGCAGCACCAUCGUUCGACCACAGAAGGCAACCAUGCUUAUUGGUCAAAAGCUGAAGAUGAUUCAAGGCGGACGUCACCAUUCCAUUGGUAUCACCCAAGACGGCCAGUGUCUUGUCUGGGGUCGCAUGGACGGCGCUCAAAUGGGUAUUGACCACAGCACACUCCACCUUGAUGACCCACAUAUUGUUAUCUCCGAACGCGGAAAGCCGCGUAUCCUCCUUGAACCCACUCCACUUCCCAUUCCAAACUGCGCCUUUGCUGCUGCAGGGUCUGAUCACAAUGUUCUUAUUACUUCUGAAGGAAAGGCGUAUACGUGGGGUAUCAACGCAACUUACCAAUGUGGUCAAGGCCCUGACACGGACGACAUUCUAGUCGCAACCAAGAUUGACAAUCCUUCUCUCCGUGAGAAGGUGUUCUCAUGGGCCGGAGCAGGCGGCCAAUAUUCAAUUCUUGCUUCGAUGCAUGUAAAUGAGUCUACUUCAUAA